GUUCAAAAAGCCUUUUUCAUUUCAACGCGCUUCCUUCCCUCUUGCGCCCUGUCCUCCUUGAAAUUCAUCACAGUAUUCGUCUCAAACUUUUCUAACUCUCCGUAUCCAUUUUCUUCCCAGGAACUGUUGCACGAUCAAAACUAACAUAUACAUAUAGAUUUAUACAGCGAGAGAAAGGAAUGAUGGACGAGGUGUUAACGGUUUUGGACGGGACACAGCUGAGUGCCGUAGACCUGUCGCCGCCCUUAUGCGACGGUAAUGGCAGUACACUCACCGGAGCCCGGGUCCUGGAGCUGGCAGAAUCAAAGAUCUCAUCCUCUUUCUUCGGCCUUGCAUUGCCGGAAACUGUCAAGUCCUCCGCCUUGAAGCGCCUCGGAAUCGCCGAUGAGGCUAGCUUUCUGGGUGCGGAGCUGGAUCGCGAAAAGGCAGCUUCUACGCUUCGGAAUUUCGUUGCUGCCGUCGUGGACGUGCUCAAAGAUGAUCCAGUAGUUGUGGCAAUAUUCAAUGGAAAAGCUAUUCGAAUCUUCUUGGAAGAUGAAGAUGAUUUUGCCAUGCUGGCUGAGAAUGUAUUUACUGAGUUAGACACUGAAGAUAGAGGAAAAAUCAAUAGAAAUGAGAUAAAAAAUGCUCUCUCUCAAAUGGGUGUUGCGAUGGGAAUCCCUCCUUUAUCAGAGUUCCCUCAACUUACUGAAAUUUUGAAGAAGAAUGGGGCUGAGGGAGAGGAAGGACUGGGACAAGCACAGUUUGCAUAUCUACUUCAGCCUGUUCUCCAAGAGGUGGCAGAUGCCCUUGCAGCGAAUCCCAUUAUAGUUGUUCAAAACAUCAAAGCCAACAAUGGCACCAAACUAAGAAAGGUUUUGGCAGAUGGAAAACAACUAAAUGAUGCCGUGGAGAAGAUAAUGCAGGAAAACCAAGGCAGGAAAGAUGAGCAAACAAGCAAAGAUACAAUACGAAGUUUCCUUGAGAAAAACGGAGAGGAGUUAGGAUUGCCCUCUUUACAAAAUGAUGAAAUACAUCUUCUAUAUGAUGCUGUUUUAGCUGAUACAGAAAAUGAAAAGAUCACCAAAGAAUGCAGCAAAGAUGAAUUUAUGGCUUUUUUUAAGGAGAUCCUUGAGAAAUUCGCAGAGCACCUUGAAGCUAAUCCAGUUUUCACUGAUCUUAGCAAUUGAAGCUGCUGCUUGUAAUAUCACUGUAUCACAUACUGGAUAUGUACUCUCUAUUUAAUGCUCUUUUCCUCAUCUACCCGAAAUGCACCCUACAAUGAGAAGAUUGGAGUUUUAUUUCAUGAAAUAAAUUAAGAGCAUUUACUAGUUAUAGUG